AUGUUUCGAAUUCAGAUUCGUGUAGUUGUCGCUGUGAUGAUAUUUUGCGGUUAUUUUUUUAUUUACGUCAUACGUUACAAUAUUAGUGUGCACAUCGUUGACAUGAUCCAGGUUUCUAAAAGAGAAGGUGGUAAUAAUUACAGUAGUUUAAUUAUUGGGAGGCAAAAUCGUAAAUCGGGAGUCAUAGACAUGAUGAAUUGGGAUGAUAUGAAAAUGGCUGUGAUUUUUUCUGCCUACCAUAUUGGUUAUUGCAUUUGCUUUCCAAUCUUCCAUAACCUUGGAGAUAGGCAAGUUCACGUUUAUGAUAGAAUAAUUGAUACAAAUAGAUAA